UCUAUACAAUUCUCUAUUUCUCUUUAUACAUUAAAAUUUCUACAUGGUAUCAGAGCAAGGUUGAGCCUAGCAUUUUUGCUUCACCGGCGGGCGGUAGCCUUGCCUUGGCCGCCCGCCGGACCUCUCAUCUCUCAACUGUUUCUGCAUCACUUCCACUACGCCGCGAAGCACCAGAUUCAGCUCCUGGAUUCGGUUCAGGUAGAAGUCAACGAGCUGUCUUGAUGUGAGCUUCUUGCCGUUUACUUGCUGGAAUUGGAAUUGGCAUCUCAUCUGCUAUUGUGCCACUUUACAUAUCUGAGAUCUCACCAACUGAAAUUCGUGGCACACUUGGAUCUGUCAACCAACUGUUUAUCUGUAUUGGGAUUCUUGCAGCAUUGGUGGCUGGGUUGCCCUUAGCAGGAAACCCUUUACGGUGGAGGUCAAUGUUUGGUAUUGCAAUGAUACCCUCUGUUCUAUUGGCAUUGGGAAUGGCAUUUUCUCCAGAAAACCCUCGGUGGCUUUAUCAGCAAGGAAAAAUUUCUCAAGCUGAAAUGUCUAUAAAAACUCUAUUUGGAAAAGAAAAAGUUACUGAGGUUAUGAAUGACUUAAGUGCAGCUAGUCAAGGUUCUUCAGAACCAGAAGCUGGUUGGUUUGAUCUUUUUAGUGGCCGCUAUUGGAAAGUUGUCAGUGUUGGUGCAGCACUUUUCUUGUUUCAACAGUUGACUGGAAUAAAUGCUGUUGUAUAUUAUUCUACGUCUGUAUUUCGCAGUGUUGGAAUCACAUCUGAUGUUGCAGCUAGUGCUCUCGUUGGGGCAUCAAAUGUUUUUGGUACAACAAUAGCAUCCUCUUUGAUGGACAAACAAGGAAGGAAAAGUCUUUUAAUGACAAGCUUUGCUGGAAUGGCAGCUUCAAUGCUAUUGCUUUCCUUGUCACUCACUUGGACGGUCAAUGUGUGAGAAGUAAAAACAGAGAGCAGUGAGUCAAGCCUGAAGAAGUGUAAGACAGUAACCUGCACAGUUUCUAUUUCAGCACAGAAAGCAAAGUCUCUCUCUCUCUCUCGGGCAUUGUCUCUC